AUGUAGGAGAAGACAUGGAUCUUAAAUUUCUCAAUGUUCAUUCUCCAAAUCUUCACAUCUUCGACAGCAUUGGAUGUUACUCAAUUUGGAGCGAUUGGAGAUGGAGUUACAGACGAUUCGCAGGCGUUCUUGAAAGCUUGGGAAGUUGUCUGUAGCGGGACAGGAGAUGGGCAGCUUGUCGUUCCGGCAGGGAUGACAUUUAUGUUACAGCCCUUGAAUUUUCAAGGUUCUUGUAAAUCCACCCCUGUAGUUGUUCAGAUUUUGGGCAAUCUGGUUGCAUCGAGUAAAGGGAAAUGGAAAGGGGACAAAGAUCAAUGGAUUCUAUUUACAGAUAUCGAAGGACUUGUGGUUGAAGGUGGUGGCGAAAUAAACGGCCAGGGUUCGAGCUGGUGGGAACACAAAGGCAGUAGACCAACCGCAUUGAAGUUCAAGAGCUGCAACAACCUUAGAUUGAGUGGAAUAACACAUGUAGAUAGUCCAAUGGCUCACAUUCAUAUAAACCAAUGCAACGAUGUGAGCAUCUCAAAUCUCCGGAUAAAUGCGCCGGAAUCAAGUCCUAACACCGAUGGAAUCGAUGUCGCCGCUUCUUCCAAUGUUAUUAUCCAGGAUUGCAUCAUCGCCACUGGUGACGAUUGCAUUGCCAUAAACUCGGGGACGUCUAACAUCAGAAUUUCCGGAAUAGAUUGCGGACCAGGCCAUGGAAUAAGCAUAGGAAGUUUGGGAAAAGAUGGAGAGACGGCUUCGGUGGAGAAUGUAUGUGUCCAAAACUGUAACUUUAGAGGAACUAUGAAUGGUGCUAGGAUCAAAACCUGGCCGGGAGGAUCGGGUUACGCGAGAAUGAUUACUUUCCAUGGAAUUACUCUAGAUAAUGUCGAAAAUCCGAUCAUAAUCGAUCAGCAUUACAACAACGGAGGUUCUGAAAAAACCAAAGAUGAUAAGUCGUCGGCUGUGGAAGUGAGCAAAGUUAUGUACAGUAAUUUCGUGGGGACGUCCAAGUCAGAGUACGGUGUUGACUUUAGGUGCAGCCAGAGUGUACCGUGCACAGAUAUUUUUAUGAGAGACGUGAGAAUAGAAACGGCAACAUCAGGACAAGGACAAGUCGCGCAAGGACAAUGUUUAAACGUGAGAGGUGUGUCCACGCUUGCCUUACCAGGACUAGAGUGCUUAGCCAUUUCCACAGAUAUGUUGUCAUCGGCGGAACUGCCGGAACAAACCUGUGCUUUGCCGCAAUCAGUGCAACCAAAUACACUACCGUUGCAAGAUCCAUUAUGGGUUUAUGGAAGCGGAGGAAAACGACUCAGAGUUUACAGUGUCGUAUUAACUUCAUUUAUCUCUCUGGUUAUAUUUGUUUUAGGUUAA